AUGGCGUUCGUGGUCUCCGUCAACAAGAUGGUGUACCUUGACUGCCAGAAGAACCACGCGACGGCUCUUGGUAGGCACUGUGUGGACGGCUGCAUGGAGUACGUGCCGCCGGUGGGAAACAACCUCAACUGUGAGGCCUGCGGAUGCCACCGCGAUUUCCACCGCAGCCUAGUCGUAAAGGUACGGGUACCCGUGUCUGUAUCCCAGCCGCCGCAACCCCAGCCCAUGCCAGCGGCCGUGCGCCCUAGGGUCGACUCGGACGACGGCGAGAGCUCGGCCAUCACCUCCGCCGUCACCACCAACGCACCAUCAGCAUCCACGGCGAGCUCCUUUGCUCACCCCGGCGCCGCCAUCGACGGUCCCGCCUCAAUGAACAGAUCCUCCUCGCCGCAGUCCAAGUAA